AGUCGAAAGGUCGAGGGAGGAUGCUACCAUCGAGCGAGCGGGCAGGUGGAGGUGUUUCUCCUUUCUAGGCUGUCUCUUUUGUGUGUCUCGUUCGUUUCGCUUUCUCAAUUCCCAGUGGCUCUAUGUCGGCGCCGGCAAGUUGGAAGAUUCGUGGUGCGUGUCUCUCUCUCUCUCUCUCUCUCGCCUGCAUGCGGUAGGAAAAGUUGGAUGAAACUCACCUCUUGGUCGUUGGAUUGA